AUGCGUACUUUCACUGACUUUGUUUCUGGCGCACCUAUUGUAAGGAGUCUUCAGAAAAGCACCAUAAGGAAAUAUGGGUACAAUUUGGCACCCCACAUGUUUUUGUUACUACACGUAGAUGAGCUAUCGAUUUUUUCUGCAUACCAAGCAAGUUUACCUGGCGAAAAGAAAGUCGACACAGAGCGGCUGAAGCGUGAUCUAUGCCCACGUAAACCCAUUGAGAUAAAGUACUUUUCACAGAUAUGUAACGAUAUGAUGAACAAAAAGGACCGAUUGGGUGAUGUUUUGCGUGUGUGCUGCCCAAGUUGA